AUGGAGCCCAAUAAGUUUUAUGGAAAACGUAAGAAAGGUGAAGAAUAUGAAGUUAGAACUAUUGCUGUGUAUGAAUCAGAAGAUUCUGUCUUAGAUUCAGAUAGUGAGGAUGAUAUUGAGAUAGUAGAAAAGCGUCAAGGUGACAUAAUUACAGGCGAGAGUGAUAAUGAUAGUGCAGAGGACGGUGAUAAUGCUGUACUUGUGAAUAAUGAAAGUGAUAACGAGAAUGUUAGUGAUGAAUUUCAAGUCAAUUAUGAUUGGAGACGUUCUAGCAAUCGUAUUAUUCGUCCUGCUCAACCAUGGAAGUGUUGUCUCCCUUGUGCACCGGAAGAACCUCAUCUACCUAUGACCUAUUUUAGGCAGUUGUUAGACGAUAAAAUUGUGGAAAAUGCUGUAGAUCAAACCAACUUAUAUGCAAUACAGAAAGACAUUUCUAAACCAAUAAACACUGAUAAAAAUAAGAUUGAACAAUUUUUUGGUUGUUGUAUGUACAUGUCCAUUUACAGACUUCCAUCGUCUCGUAUGUAUUGGAAAACUACUACUCGGAUUCCAGCUGUUGCUGAUGUAAUGAGCCGCAAUAGGUGGGAGCAGCUAAAAUCAGGACUCCAUUUCAAUGACAACGAAACUAUAGACCAAGCUGACACAUUGUACAAGAUCAGACCCUUUCUGGAGCCAUUGGUUGAAAAUUUUCGAAGAAUUCCCAUGAGUGAAAAAUUGUCAGUGGAUGAACAGAUGAUUCCUUUCAAGGGAAGACACACCUUGAAGAAUUAUGUCAAAAAUAAACCUAAAAAAUGA